AAACCCUUGUUGCUCUACUAGCCGUCAUCCCUAACCUCCCCACCCUUCUUCUCUCCUUCUCCCUCACCCCUCACGGUAGCAGCAGCCCAACGACAGGCCACGCGAGCCACCCCACGAACACUACUAUUAGCCGGCAGCCAGCCACAUAGCAGCAGCGCCGCUUCCCCCAUCAGCAGCUAGGCUACGUUGUGCAGCCAGUGCACAGCAGCUAGGCUGCAUUGUGUAGCCCGUAGACAGCAGCUAGGCUGCGUUUGGACCCUUCAACCACCACGACCAGCCUCAAUUCACCACCACCACGACCUUCAUCCACCUCUUCACCAUUUUUACUAGUUUUAACUUUCAAAGGAAAGCAGCAAAGGUGGCGCAUGGGACCUGAUGUGGCAAGUGGAUGUACGAUGUGGCAGUGACGUGGCGCUUUGUUGGCAAAAGAAUCUUAGCCGACUAAACCUAAAGUCAUAAACCCUCUCACUUGCUUCCGUAGAUCAUCAUCAUUCAUCACUUAACUAAACUUUGAAUGGAAUUCUUCAUCCAUUGUUGUUGAAUUGAAAACCUAACCCCUAAAAAUGCUCCAACUUUGCAAAUUCUACAAACACCCUUCAUUUAUGUCACCCUUAUUUCUCAAUCCUCCACUCAUCUCUCCUCCCAUUAAACUCAUUUCUUUCUCUACUACUCUUCCUCACAAGCAUUCGAUUUCCCUUUUUCAUCCUGCUAAAACCCUUACAACUUCAACUUCUCAAGCUUUUCAUACCAAAAAUAACGAUGAUACCUUCUUUGCUAAUGAAAAUGUUUCAUGGGAUUCACUCGGUGUAUCUGAAAAACUCUCUCAUUCUCUCUUUAAUGCUGGCUUUUCUAAACCUUCCUUAAUUCAGGCAGCUUGCAUUCCAUCCAUACUAUCGGGAAAUGAUACAGUUGUUGCUGCAGAGACUGGAAGUGGUAAAACACAUGGUUAUCUUGUCCCACUGGCUGAGAAGCUUCUUCAAGCACAUUCUGACCACCCCGGGAUAGAAGCUCUUGUUUAUAGAAAAAGCCAAUACUCUCAGAUGUCUCUUGUUCUAUGUCCUAAUGUUAUGUUGUGUGAGCAAGUGGUUCGCAUGGCUAACUCUCUGUGUGGUGAUAAUGGUGAACCUCUACUUAGAGCAGCUGCUGUAUGUGGGAAGCAGGGAUGGCCCCAUAAAAAACCGGAUAUCAUUGUCUCAACACCUGUUGCUCUUUUGAAUUAUCUGUAUGCUGUUGAUCGAGAAAGAAACCGUCAAUUUAACUUUUUGCGUGGGGUGAAGCACGUGGUGUUUGAUGAAGCGGAUUUGUUACUUUGUGGUAGCUUCCAGAAUCAAGUUAUUCGACUCAUAAACAUGUUGCGUUUUGAUGAGAAAUUGUUAUCACGAUCCAAGGCAAGUUUAUGUGAGGAAACAAAUAAAUUGAAUCCUGAUACCCAGUUGUUUGAUUAUGAAAAUGAAGAUGGUAUGCACAACCUUAUCUUGGUGGAAGAAGGAGAAACAGAAGAAGAAGAUAUCGUUGCCAAAGAUUCUACAUUGGAGGACGCAGUUGAAGAGGUAAGUAGCGAAGAUAAGAGAAAGGACUGGAGAAGAAUUCGUAAAUAUUAUGAACGUAGUAAGCAGUAUAUUUUUGUAGCAGCUACGCUCCCUGUAAAUGGAAAGAAAACAGCAGGUGGAGUCUUGAAAAAAAUGUUUCCAGGUGCUACAUUGGUUAGUGGAGAUUAUCUGCACUGCCACAACCCUAGGUUAGAGCAGAGGUGGGUAGAAGUUUCCAUUGAAACUCAAGUGGAUGCUCUUAUAGAUGCAGUAAAAUAUGGUGUCAAGUUCACUUCACAUGCUUCUGAUGCUGCUAUAAUAAGUAGGACUAUAGUGUUUGCCAAUACUGUUGAGGCUGUAGAAUCUGUGGCUAAGAUAUUUCAGACUGCUGGAAUCCCAUGUUUCUGCUACCAUAGGAAUAGCUCCCUUGAAGAGUCUACAAAGAACUUGGUUGACUUUCGAGAAAAGGGUGGUGUGUUGGUGUGCACUGAUGCUGCCGCUCGUGGUCUUGACAUUCCCAACAUAUCACACGUUAUUCAGGCAGAAUUUGCUUCUUCAGCUGUGGAUUUCCUGCAUAGAGUUGGUCGGACGGCCAGAGCAGGUCAACAUGGUCUUGUGACAAGCUUAUAUUCUGAACAGAACCGUGAUCUUGUUGCUGCAGUCCGUGAAGCAGAAAGGCUGGGAAAGGCAGUGGAGACGGCAUUUAGCAGGAAAAGAAGCUUCCGAAAUAAGUUGAAGAAAAGAGGUUUGAGCAAGGCGAAGGGUGAAUACCCUGUUGCUGCCGAGGUUCUGUGAUACAAAUUAUCCAGUUUUGUACCCGCGAGGUUAAAAGUAUGAUACCCUACAGUCUAAUGUAUUCAUAUUCAAUUUUCUCUUGUACAUAAAAAAAUUAUUUCAGUUUUAUCCAGUGAAUAGGUUAUGAUUUGAACUAUCCAUUCAUGUUUCCUCUUUUUUCAAAUAAUGGAAGUAUGAAUGAUAAUUUUGUUUCUCAGUUAGCAAUGUUAUGCAAAUCACAUCAUUUUGUUAAUACAAUAUACAUGUUGAUUUUUAUUUGCAA